CGUAAGGCGUACGAUAAAUCUAUCAAUCCAUACGCAUCAGGAUUUGAAUUUUCGAUGAUUGACAGUGACGUGAAAGAACAACGUGCAGUCGAUUUUCGUUCCGCUAUAGUGGCAGAGGUGCGGAGCCGAGUGGAAUAAAAAAGAUGGCCGCCGUUGGGCUGCUGCCAUGAACAGGGGGCCGCGUCGCCUGGUGUUGCUCGUGGAAAUGGGACGUUGCGACACCCAACUGUCACACAGUUGUGCUCGUCAAGUGUCACCGUCGAACCGUACGCGAAGUGACGUGAAGUGUUUCUCAGUUUCCUCGUGUCCAGGUCCGGCUUGCGGAUAAAACUCGACUUUAAAGGCCGCACCACCGCGCGAUGGCAUCCACCGACGGUAGAAUGGAAUGGGUGGAGAUUAUAGAACCACGCACCAAGGAGCAUAUGUACGCCAAUCUCACCACCGGGGAGUGUGUGUGGGAUCCCCCUCCAGGUGUGCCAGUGAAGAAGACGGACAACAAUCAGUGGUGGGAACUGUUCGAUCAGAAUACGUCGCGGUUCUACUAUUACAAUGCGACCUCACAGAAAACCGUGUGGCACCGUCCAAGCGACUGUGACAUCAUACCUCUAGCAAAGCUUCAGACGCUAAAGCAGAACACAGAGCCGGCAAGCAGCAGUGGAGUGGACAGUCAGAAAUCAGCCGAGCCAAGGAGAAAAGAGUCCGUGUCGACGCAAACGCAAACCCCUUCUGUCAGCCGACUGGCGAGGUUCAAUCACCAAGAAAGUUCCAAUCUGUCCUCUUCGCAGACAGGUAGCGUAAAUAAAGCGAGGUCGACGAACGCCAGCGUAGAUCUUCAAACGUCACCUCCGUCGCCGUCGCCGUCCUCGAGGCGCCAUCAUCAUCACCAUCAUCACAACAACAGGCACCACAGGCACCAUCAUGAAGUGCCGACCACGCGGCGUCAGCACAACCACUCGCAGGAUUCGGGUAGAUCCAGCGACAGUUCGGUUUCCCACAGUAGAACGUCCCUCGAAUCGACCGGGUAUCGAUUGCUGGACUCCCCGCAUCGGCAUCAUCAUCGUACCGGGCCGCAGCCUUCGGCGAACCAGGCGCAGUCCUCGCCCAGGCAGCACAGCGGCACUCUGGAGGCUCGGGGGCACAAGAGUGGCACUCUGGAAAGCGUGAAGAAUCAGAAAUCGGUGAACCUGGGCGAACCACCGCCGUUAGGCUUAUCGCUUUCCACCAGCACACCGCUUUUCAAGAAGAAAUCGUUCGUGGACACUCAGCGCGAGGCCAGGGCGGGCAACUUGGAGUUGGAGAAGAAUAAAAAUGGUAGGGAGAGUAGUAGAGGGUCGUACGGUCCGGAGCCGAGUACGUCGCCGUAUCGCGAGUCGUUGAUGGAAUCGCGAAUAUUCAGGCAAGAGAUGCCGCCGUACCGUCCGCCGGAGGUUCAGCUGAGCCACAGUUAUAAGUCGCAGGGCGAGAAGUACGGCUCGCUGGUGGAGAGCGUCGGCAAUCGUUAUCACAGAGACAGGGAAAGAGAGAGUGUUCACCAUAGAGAGAGAGUAAAUAGUCUAGACAAGACGAACGCGUCAGCCUUUCAUCCAAGUUCCAUGCAUCCGCGUAAUAUGAAUAAGCAAGAUAAUACUGGUAGUAUAGGGAGAAGGCAUCACGGUUGUUCGGUGUCGCUGUCCGAAGCGAACGUUAGGGAUAUGUACGGGGCUAUGCUGGCCGAGAGGAACGAACUGCCUAAGAGCCUCGUCAGAGGCGCCAGCGUUCUCAGCAAUGCGUCCAAGCAGAGAAGCGUCGACGUCGUUGAGAGAGAAAGAGAACGCGACAGGGAAAAGGAUUACAGACGGAACACCGCUUGUAACAACUCCUUGGAUUGUGUUCCACCUUCCUUGGCUCGUAGCUACAGCUUCGUUCAACAGCAGAAGCAGCAACAGAAGUUGCAACAGAUGCAUCAGCAGCAACAGCAGCAACAACAGCAGCAGCAACAGUCCAGGAGAAGGGACAGGGAUGACGAUUCCAUGCACGAGCGUUAUUUAAUCAGCCAGAGCCACGAGCAGUCCAGGCAAAGGCUCAGCAGCAACACUAGCAGUAGCAAUAGCAGUAACAGUAGCAGCAAUAGUGCCGUAGGCGAGGAGAUAGAAGAGGACGACAGCAAGAAGAAGAGGAGCAACGGCAACCCGAGUCCACCUCCGUCUCCGUUUUACGGGAACUUACUGUCCGAUCCCGAUCACUUGUUACCACUUCAACAUUAUAUUCUUCAGCAGGCACAACUUUCGGGUUGUUAUAAGUUCGGAGAUCCGUUGCUGGUGGAAGAGGGCGACGAUUCUUUGGACGAGGAGGGCGGCAGAGGCGAGGGUAUCGGCGGGAGAGCCGAGGACGAUUCCGACGAUCAGUUCGCAGAUGACGAAGCGGCCAGCAAUCAGGGCGAUUCCUCCAGUCAAGAAUACCUCGAGGAUCAUUACGCAGAUUUGGGUAACUAUGACACUGCAGGGUUGGCCACGUACUACAACACCGCAGAUACUCUGACGAGGCCACAGGUGCGACCUCCGUCGCCCCCGCACGUGACAACGCAGUCUGAAACCCGAGAACCUGUGACGAUCGCGACGCGGCAGCCUCCAGGCUUAACGCCCACGACGACAGUCUUUGUUCCUAGCACCGGCGUCGAGAAGAAAGACGGCGAGGAGCCGCGGCGAGAUGACGGUGCGGGCGGCGGUGGCGGCGGAGACAUCGAGAAGUACGCGCAGGACAAUCUGAACCUGAACUGCGGCCGCCCGAAAGGCUUGAGGCUGCUCUUCCGCAAGAAGUUCAGCGUACGCGACAUCCUCAGCUGGUCGAAGGAUCCUAUACCCCAGCCGAUGCUCGUGAUGGUCGACGGCGAAAAGCUGCUAAAGCGGGAAGCUUGCAAUCUCUUCAGGCUUGUUCAAGUUUACAUGGGCGAUCGCAAGGCGAACGUCGGGAUGACGCUGGACAGCGUAGCGAUGGACAUCGUGAACACGGUUUACUCGAAACCACCGUUGCGGGACGAGUUGUACGUCCAGAUCUGCAGACAGACCACCGAGAAUCCUAGGAGAGACAGUCUCCGUCGGGGAUGGGAGCUGCUGGCCGUUUGCCUGGCGUUCGUGCCACCCAGCGCUACGUUCGAACCGUACCUCGAGGGUUAUAUGAACAGGCAUCGGGAUCCGAAUUUCCAGUUCCCGGAGGUAGCCAAGUGGCCCAUCCACGUGCAAGUCAGCCAUUACGCGACGGUCGCUUGUCGUCGUUUGCAAAGAAUCGGUGCCCACGGCAAGAGGCAACCGAGGAAGGCUACUCUCGAAGACAUCGACCAAGCUAGAAUUCAAAUUUUCCGAGCGUCGAUGUUCGGCGCGACGCUGUCCGAAGUGAUGGCCCUCCAAAGAGACCGUUUCCCGAAUCGAGAGUUACCAUGGAUACAGACCACGCUGACGCGGCAGGUGUUGGCUCGCGGCGGUAUCCAGACGGAGGGCAUCUUCCGAGUGUCCGCAGACGCGGACGAAGUCAGCGCAUUGAAGGCUUGCCUGGACAGGUUCGAGGACGGCACCAUCCUCGCCGCUUCGCAGGACGCCCACGCGCCUGCCUCGCUGCUGAAGCUCUGGGUCAGAGAGCUCUACGAACCUCUGAUUCCUGACUCCUUUUACACCGAGUGCGUCUCCAUGAGGCACGACGAUCCCGAGGCCUCCGCUGCCAACGUCGCCGCGCUCGUCGACAGGCUGCCUGACUUAAAUCGUCGCGUUCUUUGCCAUCUGAUACGAUUCCUUCAGAUAUUUGCGAGAUCGGAAGUGGUAGCCCGCACCAAGAUGGACGCGAAUAAUCUAGCGAUGGUGAUGGCGCCGAACAUACUGCGAUGCACCUCGCAGGACCCACGGGUGAUCCUGGAGAACGCGCGGAAGGAGAUGGCAUUCGUUCGCACCCUGAUAGAGUCGCUGAACACCGCCUGGGUCGACGAUCUCCACUGACCGCGUUCCCUUCUCCGCGCGCUAGAUAAGGAAAGAAAAUAAAUAAAUAACGAACGCCUCUAGACUAACUAUGCCAAAUGAAUCACAGCUGUAUAUUACACACUGUACUAUUGUUAGUUAUACUUCACCAUUGUUCUUCUUAUUAUCUUUCUAUUUCGUUUUCGUUCAUUUAUAUUUUAAUUUGCUUGCUGCAACGAUGACAAGGCCAACUGAGUGUUUUCUUAAGACUGAUUAUGAUCAAAUCUAACACAUCUACGUUUUUUUAUGUUACAGGAAACUGAAAGCUUUACGAUUAUACAUAUCCUCGAGUAGAAAAUUAUAAUGACAAUUUCACCUUUCAUUCGUAACGAUUUAUACAUCGCAUUUCACUGUACUAGGUAAUGAAAAUUUGUUUUAUUAUCGUUGCAGCAAACGACGCAGUUACGCGAUCGCCGUGAAACUAGCCCCGUGAAUGUUUACAAAACUGAUUGUAAUAAUCUAGCCGCUAAACGAAAUGUCUUACCAAGCUAAUCUCCUCGUUUUCUAAUAUAUUUAUUAUUUAUAAUAACGAAAGAAGUAAUAACGCGCAGAUUCUAUACGUUAAAACAGAAAUAGAGAUUAUUAGAUUAUAUUAUGUACAUCGCUACACAUAUAUAUAUAUUCAUAUUAUAUAUAUAUUUUACCAAACCCUUGUUACCGCGGAUUAAGAGGGGGAAGAAGAAGAAGAAAAAAAUUGAUUGAACGCGGACGGCUUUUCUACUCGAUACAUUGUUGAAUCUCGUGUAAAAUAAAACAGAAAAGGACAAAAAAAAAUAUACGAAUUGUCAUCGUCAUUGUCAUCAUGUGUUACCGUUGUAUAGCUCUGUGCACCGCGCGAUUAAACGAAAAAAAAAAAACCAACAGAAAAAGUGAAUAAAAAAACGUGUUUUUGUAUUAAGAACGAGCAACCCGUUGUGUGUUUAACGAGGAGUAAAAUCAUUGCAAGAAAAAAAGAAGACUUAGCAAGCUGCAAA